AAGCAAUUCACAUUAACAUUCGAUUAAAGAUUGAUUGUGUAUAAAAGAAAAUCAAACCAGGAAGUCAGAAUGUAAGUUUUUUUUACAUGGAGUUAUAAAAUUAAGGCACAAUACCUAUGAAUAUAACUUAUAAUUUAGGUUUACAUUUUAAAAUGGAUCACUGAUAUACCUUUUAUAGAAAAGCUUUUUUCAUCAUUUUUAGUCUAUAUGGUUAAUAGUACUAUUGAAUAAACGUGAUGUGGACCCAUUCUCAUCUUAUUAUUUGUAUCAAUCUUGAAACUAACAUUUUCAUGUUACACUGAUAUAAUCAAUACCGAUUAAAGAAAUCAGACAUGUGACUCAAAUGGUUAUGUUCCGUUGGUAUUAUCAGUCUUAAUUAUUCUAGUUCAUAAUAUUUAAAGAUAAAAUGCUCUGAAUUAGUGAUCACGUUUCUUAUCUGAGUAAAUGAUCGAUUUAUAGUUUUCUGAAAUACAGUUGUACUUCGAGGACAUUCAAAAGUCAUACAUUUAUUAAGAGUAAUAAAAUUAUGUUUUCUAAAAUCCACUCGACAGUUGUAUUUGCAGCCUCGUAAUAUAUAUAUAUAUUGAGAAUUAUGACUUUUUUAUAUUUUAGAUUUUAACUCAACUUGUGAGAAAUAUUAUUAAAGUUGAAUGUUAAUUUGUCGGAGAAAAUUUAAACCAUUAUGGUUUUCUAAAACUGCUUUUGCAAUCGCUGUUUUAGGAUUACCUCCAUUGUACAUAACAUCUGUGCGUUAUGAACAUGUAAAUAGUUUAUUCCCAUUUGUUAGUUCAUUUGGCGUAUUUCCACCAGAAAAACAUUGGUUUCGAGUGCUGAUGAUUAGCUAUGCUCUAUUCAAUAUGGCGGGAAACUGUUUUUGGUUCAAGAUAGCUAGAAGUAAAAUUGUAAUUAUGACCAAAUCUCUUAUUCCUCAUCUAAUCAACUCAUUUAUCAGACUAUUAAUGAUCAUUUCUGGAUUGUGUUUAAUUGGUCUAUCGAUUUUCGAUAUGGAAAACUAUGGAGGAAUACAUUUUCUGAUGACAGUUGGGAACUUUAUAUGUCAUGGUAUGUCAAUUUUGUUGGGAUGUUACCUAAUGGCCAAAUAUUUUGAGAAACCUCUCUGGUUUUGCUAUUUUCGACUUACACUUAUUGUGAAAAUGCUGAUCAGUACAAUAUCAUAUGUUUAUUUCAACGUAAUUGGGCUUCCCUUAUUGAGUACAUUGAAUGUUUAUCGAAUGAAACCAACUGAUGGUGGCUACUGGGAAUUUCUUUAUUGUGCAAUUGCUGAAUGGGUUCUGGUUCUUGCGUGUCUUCUAUUCACUCUAGUCAUUGCUCUGGAAACACAAACAUAUGAAGACGUUUUGGUACGAAGUAAAACCAGAAAUAUUAUCACAAUACAACUUAUGAAACAAGUUUAAAAUAUGUUUCGAACGACAUCUUGUACUUACUAAUCUUUAAACAAAAUUGAUGAAUAUAUUGAUGAAUAGCGAGUUUAUCAUUUCUUUAUGAACUAACUGAUGAGAAAAUCUUAAACUUGGUUCUUAAUUUGUUUCGAAAGUCAGUUGGGGAAAUAUUUAAAUCUGAUGUAAUUUGAUUUUCACUUUUGUCAGUUGAAGUUUCGAUUCUCACUUGGAAAUACUAUGGUUGAAUGUGUU